AUGAAGCUCACUUACACUACUCUGAUCCUCGCGGUUCUCUUUCGAUGCUCCACCUCCGCCUCGGUCGACAUGUGGUCAUCGCCUCUCAGCUCCCGCGACGUCCCCCGGCAUGAACCCAUAGAUCCCGAUGAGCUGAGGGCUCGCCUGGGGAAAACACCAGCAGAGUACAACCCCGAUAAACGACAUGCAGGCAUGGUCUACUUCUGCUACGACGAGAACUGGGGCCCACCCUGCUACGCCUACUACCCCGAGCUCGACUACACAUGCUCACAGCUUAGCCCUGAUAUCGCCGGCCAUGUCGGAUCCGUCUUUGUCGAGCCGGGUGCCAUCUGCCGGAUGGCCGGGCGCUCAGUUAACGAUCGAUGCGAGCCGUUCAAGUUCUUCGCAUGGCCAGAAACCAAAAACGGAUGGUCCGAUCUCUUUCACCAGGAAGUCCCCAGCGAAGAAGGCAGCAAGUUGGGGUAUGAAACGAAGUAUUUCACAUGUGCAAAAUGUACCAACUGUACUUGA